AUGACAUCAUUAGAUUUUAUAUAUUAUCAAGACCAUAGCUUUCUGUUUCUUUAAAGUACCAUGUGUUUUGCAUUUCUUUUGUGCUGGCUCUUGAUUUUGUCUUCAUGCUGCAGUGUGAAGUCUUGUCUGCAGUGUGACCAGGUUGUUCGUUUUGUACAUGAAGAUUUCCUUUCAUCUGUCAAAGGUAUUACUGUCCGUGAUCAGAUUGAACUGAAGGAAAUCAUUCAACAUGCUUACAACAACUAUCGAGAGACCAGUAGAUGGUUUCGUGGUGUCAUAGAUCCUACCACACUUUAUCGUGCACGAACAGAAUAUCAGAGCGAGUUCAAGAGGCACUGGAAAGAACAAAGAACAGGUUCACUUCAGUGGGAUAUGAUUAAUAUAGUUGAGAAAGGAAGGAGAAUUCUGCAGAAACAUUUGGAGCUUUUUGUUGCACAAGGUCUGUGUCCUAAUAAAUGUGGACUGUUCUAUCAGAAAGUAAUGAAUUGCUCUUCCUGUCAGUAUGGGCUUUAUACAUGUCUAUCAGCUACACCACCACUAGACUGUGGAGAACAUCAUCUAGUGGCAGAAGAAGGAGACGGGGUGGUGCUGGACUGUUUUCUGUCUUGGCACACUUUGGUAGUUGGACAGAUGGAGUAUCAUUACUCCUGGCUCCCAGCAAAUAAUCUGUCACAUGAUGGGGAGUAUGAAGAGCUGGUGGUGACAGAAGACUCUAAAAUAGUACUGAAUCAACUGAGAGUCAAUGAGCAAGGCCUGUACCGCUGCCUCUUACAGGACCAGAAGGGUACUACACUGUCUCGCAUUUACUUCAAUCUGACAGUUGACCCGUUGCCAACUACAGCCCCUAGACUGAUUGUGACAUUGCCUCCUUUGCCUAUGGGUUAUGAAUCCACCCCUCCUACCCUAAAUAGGAACGCUGUUCUCAUUAUGGUUAUUUUACUGACUGUACUCAGCAUCACUGGCAGCCUGGUCAUCAUCAUUUACUUGGGAGUGACCAUGAAGCGACAGAAGGAGAGAGACAGCAGCAGGAGAGGAGAGGAGGAGGAUGCUGAAAACAUUGAGCUGACUGUCACAAACUUAAGGAUGUGAUCCAAAGAGGCGCAUACAUAAAUCAUUACAGUUAAUCAAAGGAUUGAUGGAUUUAUGGAUCUGUUAAAUUAAAGAUUUUGUUUAAAACUCACCCUUGUGUUGUUCAAAGCCGGCAUGAUUUUUAUUUUUUCACUGAACACAAUGCUCUUUUUCAUGUCAUGAAAGUAAAUGAAACUAGGGCUUACUAGGUAAAAGAAAAAUGUGUUUGAGUGAACUAACGUCAUCUAAAAAGAAAAAAAGAAAAACCAACAUGCUUUGACAUGAAGUCGUGUGACUUACAGAAGAAAAGCUCUAGUGCAGACCUGUUCCUACAGGACCCUAAUGGUACAAAGUUUACAUUUUUUCAUAACAAACACACUUGAUUUUGUUCAACAGUUCAGCAAUUCAGAAUCAAAUACAAAAGACAUCACAAAUCUGUACUGUAGGUUAUCUGUCUAUGCUGUGAUUCAGUUACCAAUUAAGUUUACUUACACAUCCUCUGUGAAUAAAAACAAUUCAUUCCUUCA